AUGUUUAAGGGAAUUAAAUACAUUAAGCUGGCCCCUGACACUCCAGAUCAAGGAAUGCUUUAAAAAAUGAAUAAACAGCCUCCUUAAAGUAAAAACUCCUUUAAGGAGGAGAUUGUAGAUUUUAGCAGUGCUCAAAGAGGAAGAUCAGUGAGAAUAAAAAAUAUUGAACAUGGUAAUCAGAGCAUCUUACCACAUUUAAAAGGAAGUGAUACUAAUAUCAGGUUCACUGACUUGAAAUCUAUACCAGAAGCAGCUGAAAUGAGAAAUUUGCCAUCUCAAAGCAAUGAAGAUCCCACACCGAAAACUAUGAGAUAGCCAAAAACCCAUAGAAGAAUAGCAAAUGAUUUAAAGCAAGUUGAAUUACUUCUACAGAGUGGCUAUGAUCUAAAUGUCACUGAUAAAUAUAAGAGAAAUCUUAUUCAUUAUAUUGCAAUUCAAGGCUCAGCAUAAAUGUUCCAGAUGGUGACAGAGUACUUGAAAUAUAUCUCUGGAUUACUAAAAUAAAAUUUUACAGAUGGUUAGGUCUCUCCAGCAUUUUCUUAAGAUAAUAAAAAUUUUGUUAACACAGAAAAAUUAAUAUAGCUCAGCUCAGAAAUAGAAAAAUGCUUCGUGAUUGAAUCAGAUGUCUUCAGAAAAAUAAGAAAGUAAGGCUAUAACUAAGCUUAUUCAGCAAUGAAAGACGAUCCAUCUAAUAUGAAUAGUAUUGCAAGCGAAUAGCAGAUCAAUUCAAAAGAUAAUGCUAAACUGACAGCUAGGCCUCACAAUCAUUAGUUUAGUAAUGAAUUCUUAAGAUAUAAAAGAUCUUCAGAAUCAACAGGAGUAUUGAAGCAUAUCAACUCCUAAGAUUUGAGAGGAUUAACUCCACUACAUAUAGCAGUACUGAAUAGAAAUCUUGAAAUAAUUAUUAUCUUGGUCAAUAAUGGAGCUAAUCUCUUUUUAGAAGAUGGCAAAAGGAAAAUAGCAUUAGACUAUAUUAAUCCUGCUUUUCAAAAAGAUAAUACAGACAAAAAGAUGCUAGCUCUACUUCUUGAAAAAAUGAUAAGCUAGGAAUGUGCUUACUAUGAGCAAUAAUAAUUAAAGAAAAUUAGAAUUGAUAAGAAUAAUCGUCCAAUGAGCUAAUAAGAGCUUUUCUAACCAUAGAUUCAGCAUAAAGGCAACAAUUUGAAGCUUCAUUUAAAUGAAAAAAUUUUAGCAUCUUUUAGUAAUCAUUUGCUUGAGAAAUUCACCUUUGGGUUCCAUAGUGAUAAUGCCUUACUAUACUGUAUAAGGAUUAAUAAUUUGGAAUUUUUCAAGUACUUUGUGAGAAGAGGUGUAAGUUUAUUAGUGACUGAGGCUCAAGGAAAUAAUACGCUUCAUCAAUGUGUCAUGUUUGACAGGCUAGAUUUUGUGAGAUUCUUAUUCUAAGACUAUUCUUAAAUUCUAGAGACUAUUGAGGAUGCAGAUAAGAUGCCAAUUAGUGAGUAAAGUUCAAUUAUCUUAUCUUCUCAAGCUUAAAUCGCAAACAAAUUGCAAAGAAACACAGAAAAAUAUCCUUGGGUGAAUGACGCUCUAAAAUGCAUUGAUAAGGCCACAUUUAAUGAUGGUAGUACAGCUUUGCAUAAGGUUUGUUAAAUUGGAAAUAUUGAACUCCUCAAUUUUCUAAUUUAAAUCGUACGCUAAAGAGAACAAUUUAAACCAGAUCUACUUAAACUCAAGGAUGUGAUAGAAUUUACUAAUAAUGACAAUUAAACUCCAUUAUUUGUUGCUGCUAAGUAUAAUAAUCUAAACUGCGUUAACUUUUUAUUUGAGAAUGGUGCAAAUUUAUAUGCUAUUGAUAACAAAAUGGAAAAUAUACUUCAUAAUGCAAUUCAUAAUGAAAAUGAGGAGUUGAUUAAGUUCCUAGUUAAAAAGGAUGAAAAAUUCCUACUAAGAAGAGAAAAAAAUAUUUAUGAUAAAAUACCUAUUGAUCUUGAAAAAGCACAGUAAUUUAUGACUUGGUUAUACACCAUAUGGGAUGCUGUUGAAGGAGGUAUUAUUAAUCUUGUUGCUAGUUAUGUCAAAUCAAAGGAUUAUGAAGUUAACUAGAAGAGACCAGGUGAUCAAAAGACCCCUCUUCAUUUGGCAAUUAUAGGUCUAAAAUUCGAUAUGAUAAAAAUACUAAUAUAGCUUGGUGCAGAUCCUCUGAUAAAAGAUAUGACUGGAUAAAAUGCUAUGGAUUAUCUGCCUUAGAAGAAUGACUAGAAUAUCAAAAACAUAAGAAGACUGCUUAAUAGAAAAAUGUCCAAAGCUAUUUGGCCUUCUGAGAUAGAAGGAGGAGGACAUAUUAAUUAAAAUGAUUUUAACUAUAAGAUUUCAUCCGAUGACUAAUAUAGAUCUGUAAAUAGUGAUAAUGCUUCUAAUAGUAAUAAUCAGCAUUAAGAUGUCAAGAGUUAAUAUUCAAUACCAAAAGUAUAGAUUAUUAAAAGCAAUGAAAGCUUAAGCGAAAAUCAAAAUAUCGAGGAAUAAGAGAGACUUUUAUCAAAUCAAGGAAUAGGAAUUGAUUAGUUAGAUAAAAAAGAAAAGUUGGCUAUUAGUAUACCAUAAUAGCAAGAUAUUCCAGUAAUUAAAGAAGAUCAAUAAGAGAGUAGUCCAUUAAGAAGGUCUUCAAGCCAAAUAAAUGUCGAUCCUGAAGAACUUCUUUUCACACCAUCACAAAAAAAUCGAAGAAAGACGUAAAAGUAACUGACUUCUAAGUUUAAAAAGAGUAGUCCUUCCAGCAGACGAGGCUCAACUAAUUCUAACUUAUUUGCACUUAUUGAUGUUCUCAAUAAUGGAUUUGUGUCCUCUGAAUAAUUCUUGGAAUAGCUCAAAGCAUAAAGGCAUGACUUUGAGGGAAGAGUCAAAUUAUCAUUAAUGAUUUAACAUGUUGAUGAGUCAAUGAAGAACUGUAUAAUUACAGACGAAGUAUUUAAGACAUUAUUGAGAUAGUUUGCCAAAAUAUAGCCUUGA